AUGACUGAUAGCCCAUUGAAGAGGAAAUUACAGUCUUGUGAAAACACUCCUGUUUCCAUAUCAGGAUUUUCGAUCGGCCAUCGCGGCGGCGGAACACUUCAGUUUCCAGAGGAGACAAUUCGUUCGGAAGAUGCUGGAGCGCGUAUGGGCGCUGGUAUCUUGGAAUGCGAUGUAACAUUCACAAGCGACAGGGGCUUAGUAUGCAGACAUGAUCUAUGUGAUUUGCACCGGACGACAGACAUUCUGCUCAGACCAGAGUUGGCAGCGAAAUGUACGACGCCGUUCACACCAGCUAAUGCGACGAGUGAUGCGAACGCGCUGUGUUGUACGUCUGACAUCACAAUCGAUGAGUUCAGCACGCUGUGCAGCAAACAAGACGGCACAAAUGCCUCCGCCACAAACGUAGUCGACUUCCAAGCGGGCACACCUCCCUGGCGCACGGAGCUCUACGAUACAUGCGGCCAAGUACUAACCCUUGAUCAAUACAUCGAUCUUGUAGACUCCUAUCCAGGCUACCGUAACUUCACUCCCGAGCUCAAAACGCCACCCGCCGCCGUCCCUAUGCCUUUCCAAGGAAACUACACACAGCAGCAAUACGCCAGCGACAUGAUAUCCGCCUUCCGUAAUAAGGGCAUCGACGCCUCUCGUGUGUGGCCACAAUCUUUUACCUAUGAUGACAUCGUAUACUGGCUACAAAAUGACCACGACUUUGGUCGCCAGGCGGCCUAUCUCCAAGAAUUCGACACACCCGCGGACCUGGCAGCCGGAAUGGCCAACCUAAGCAUUGCGCGGGCCGCAGGCGUAAACAUCAUUGCGCCAGCACUACCCAUGCUUCUAUCCAUUGGCGGCGCUGACAACAAGACCAUCGUUGAGAGCGAGUACUCGAAAGCUAUCAAAGCAAAUGGCAUGGAUAUCAUCGCCUGGACGUUCGAGAGGUCAGGACCCUUGGCCAAUGUGAAGAAAGACGAGGAAUAUUACUACUCUACGAUUGCAGAUGUAAUCACGCACGAUGGACAGUUGUACGAAGUACUGGAUAUUCUCGUCAGGGAGGUUGGGAUCAAGGGCCUGUUCACAGAUUGGGCGGCGACAGUGACUUAUUUUGCAAACUGCUUCGGGUUGGAGGGACCUGUGGGUGGAAGCUAUAGCUGA